AUGUUCCGCAUGUUGGCUAAUGCGAGGUACGGUUCCUCAUUUGAUUGGCCUAAAAAGGGCAAUGAAGUUGAAUACAUGAAUAUCGAGCGGCCGAUUGUGGCCACUCGAGUGGAUGCCGUCGACUCGAUGCCUAAGAUUCACGAGAAAAUCCUCAGGAAUUCUGAAUAUACGGCAAACUUUGAGCCGUUUUCCGCGUACGUCUAUAUUAUGGGCAAUGGAUUUAAAAAACCCAAGAAUUUGGAUGCACUGAAAGACCCGAAAGCCAUGAACUGGUACUCGGAAUGCGAGGCCAGGUCCAGACAGGCUAACCAUUAUAAGACCCGAUCGGAAAAAGGUCACCCGCUGUACAGCGAAGAUCUGACCGAAAUCUACGCACAGAGCCCGCAGUGGAACCACAGGCACGUGGACCAGGAGCUACAGGCGCUGUCAUUGGCCACCACUCUCAAGCUUAUUGACGAGAAAAAGCAGGAGAGAGAGUUCAGUCUAACACCUCGAUCAGGUUCAGCCGGACACAAUUGGCUUAAAAACUUUUCC